UCUCUCUCUCUCUCUCUCUCUCUCUCUCUCUCUCUCUCUCCGUAUCUUCACUGCGUAGAAGAGAUGUUGAAGAUUUGUCGCUGGAAGUCAAUCGGAAUCCAACACUGCUUCUGUCUUGAAUCUGUUUGAUUCGAUUCCACUCUCUGAUAAUCAUAUUGUAAUCGAUUACUCUCCGGCUUCAAUCGCGCGCUCUCAUCACUUUUCCUCUGUUUGGACUCUCGCUUUUACCGGAAAUUCUCGUAUUUUCUCUCGAUUUUUUCCUUGAUUCUCAUCUGAGGCCAGCUCUGGAAACGGCAGAGUGGUCUGUGAGUUUCGGCGUUGGGCAGUUGAGACUCUCUUCUAGGGUUACUAGCUUUCGAUUUGAUGGAGCCGCGGGUCGGAAACAAGUUUCGGCUCGGAAGGAAGAUCGGCGCUGGAUCAUUCGGAGAUAUCUAUAUCGGCACCAAUAUCCAGACGAAUGAAGAAGUUGCGAUUAAGCUGGAAAAUGUAAAAACAAAGCAUCCUCAGUUGUUGUAUGAAUCGAAAUUGUAUAAAAUUUUACAAGGAGGAACUGGAAUUCCAAACGUAAAAUGGUAUGGUGUUGAAGGGGACUAUAACGUCCUUGUGAUAGACUUGUUGGGGCCUAGUCUUGAAGAUUUAUUCAAUUUCUGUAGUAGGAAACUGUCACUGAAGACUGCGCUAAUGCUUGCAGAUCAAAUGAUCAAUCGCAUUGAAAUUGUUCAUUCGAAGUCAUUUCUACAUCGAGACAUCAAGCCUGACAACUUCCUCAUGGGUCUUGGGAGGCGUGCAAAUCAGGUGUAUAUCAUUGACUUUGGCCUGGCAAAGAAGUUCAGAGACAGUACAACUCAUCAACAUAUUCCUUACAGGGAAAAUAAGAACUUGACUGGGACUGCUCGAUAUGCAAGCAUGAACACUCAUCUUGGCAUUGAACAAAGUCGUAGAGAUGAUUUGGAGUCCCUUGGAUUUGUUCUCAUGUACUUCUUAAGAGGAAGUCUUCCGUGGCAGGGACUCAAAGCUGGCACCAAGAAGCAAAAGUAUGAGAAAAUCAGUGAAAAGAAAGUUUCAACCUCUAUUGAGGCUCUAUGUCGGGGUUAUCCCUCAGAAUUUGCAUCUUACUUCCAUUACUGCCGGUCUCUGAGAUUUGACGACAAACCAGACUAUGCUUACCUGAAACGACUCUUCCGUGACCUAUUUAUCCGUGAAGGCUUCCAGUUUGAUUAUGUAUUUGAUUGGACAAUCUUGAAGUAUCAGCAAUCACAGAUCACUGCCACUCCUCCGCGCCCUCUUCGUCCUGGAGUUGGGCCAAGUUCUGGCCUGCCCCCUGUUAUUGCGAGUGCUGAGAGGCAACCAGGUGGUGAUGAAGCUAGACCUUCUGGAUGGGCAUCGGGAGAUCGUAGACGCAGCUCAGGACAAAUUUUAAACUCUGGAAGCAUAUCAAAACAAAAAGCUCCAGUUUCAACUGAUCCUUCCCUUUCUAAAGAUGUAAUGUUAUCGAGCUCCAGCUUUAUGCGUGCAAGUGGAUCAUCAUGGCGUGCGGCUAUGCCCAGUGGUCGUGAGGCUGCUCUUGUGGGAACAACCGACUCUGAGCCUUCUAACCCGCAAGUCACUGAAGCUUGUUUGGGCUCUCACCCAAAGAUAAUACAUGGCGUCAUCUCAUCCGAGAACAAGCUUUCGCCUUCAGGAGGAAAUAAUACUUCUGUCAUGAAGAACUACGAGUCCAAUCUAAAAGGGAUGGAGAGCCUGCAUUUUUAGUGGCAAAAGAUGCGAGGAUAUGAUAUGAUUGUCCUAAAACCCUGGGAAAUGUUAACAGAAAAAGAGACAAAAGACUUUUUGCUACAUGUGUAUUUGCGUUUACAGGAGAGGGAAGCUGCCAAAGCUGCAAACCACAGACAGAGUACAUGCCCCCUCAUCGCUCAUUCAUAUAACCAGCGGUCAGGAGGAAGGGAUACAAGUACCAAGUUUUAAUUCCUUCAUUAUAACUUGUUUUAUUUUGUUUUUGUUUUUUUUUACGCAGGGGCGUGCGUGCGUGCGUGUGUGAUUGUUGUAUUUUGCUUUUCACCGCCACAGUUAAUUGCAAAGGGAAGGAAGAAGGUUCGUUCACAUGUUGCGUUUAA